UGAAUUUUUUUUUAAAAAGAUUUCACAAAAACUUUUGGUUGUGUGUUGUGUCAUAAGUUGUGCGCCGCAUAAACUUUUUGUUUUUAUUUUAUUUUUGAUUUUUCAUUACAUUUUUAUUAACUUUUACAUUCUUUACAUUGAAACAAAUACUUUAUAAUGUCAGAAAAACCAACAGUUUUAAUACUCGGAGGGUGUGGAUUUAUUGCACGUAACUUAGUUCAUUACUUAGUUAAAAAUGAUUUGGCACAGGAAAUCCGAGUUGUCGAUAAGACUCCACCACAAAUGGCCUGGCUCAAUGCCGACCACACGUUGGCCUAUGAUAAUCCAAUUGUUGAAUUUUUAAGUGCAAAUCUUAUCAAUGCUGCCUCAUGCAAAAAUGCAUUUAGUUUGUCGAAAAAUGGUCGUAGUUGGGAUAUUGUUAUCAAUUGUGCGGCCGAAACCCGUCCCAAUCAAACUGAUGCCGUCUAUAAGGAGGGAGUUUAUAAACUGAGCGUUAAUUGUGCCACAGAAGCGGCCAAUAUUAAUGUGAAGAGAUUCAUUGAACUCGGUUCGGGGAGUGUGAAUUCGAGUGAGAAGACGGCGCUGAAGGAAGAUUGCAAGACGGAUCCAUGGACUGCUGUGGCUAAGAUGAAAGUGAAGGUGGAAAAGGAGCUAAAGGCAAUGAAUAACCUAAACUACAGUGUGUUGAGGUUUCCAAUUGUCUAUGGAGUCGGUGAUAAGAGAUAUUUAAUGCCUCGGAUAAUAAUUGCGGCGCUUUACAAAUACCUCGGCGAAACUAUGAAACUUCUUUGGAAUGAUUCAAUGAAAUUGAACACAGUUCAUGUUUUGGACGCUGUGAGUGCCAUUUGGGAGGUGGCACAAAACCCCAAAGCCAAUGGUGAGACCUACAAUGUGGUCGAUGACUCGGAAAGUACGCAGGGUUCGAUUAGUGAUAUUUUAGCUGACAUUUUUGCCAUAAAUGUCGAUUACUGGGGAAUUGUUAUGUCAAAUCUUACAAAGUUAAGUAUGUCGGAUACAAUAAGUGAAAUAAAUGACAAGCACAUGGGACCAUGGGCAGAACUUUGUCAGAAAGAUGGAAUUUCCAAUACCCCCCUCACGCCAUAUAUGGACGAAGAACAACUCUACCAUAAGCACAUGCACUUGGAUAAUAAAAAACUCAAGGAUCUCGGCUAUCAACUUAAGAUGCCUAAAAUAACACGUGAUAGUGUCAAGGAAAUUGUUGAUGAUUAUGUUAAACAAAAUCUUUUUCCACGAUCACUUAUAAUGUAAUGCUGUGUAAGACCCUUACUAAAAGUCUGGUUGUUUUAUGAAGGAGUAUUUAGGUACAGAUAACUCAUCAUCCCAAUUAUGAUAUUAUAAUAAGGAAGUCUUUGAAAAUGACUCAAAAAUGAUAUUUUUUAAUGAAUUUAAGUCAAUUCAAAAUUUUAAAACAAUAUUCUUUUGUUUUUCUACACGCUUUUGUGUACUUAAUCUAUUUUUGUAUUAUUUUUGGAAAGAUCAUUUUGUUAUUAUUAAAGAUUGUAAUUUAUAUUUACAUAUAUAAUUAUUGGCUCAAUUUAUGUGCUUCCCAAUUUAUUUUCCAACUAUUAUAAAGUUAAUAAAAAGUAGAGUGCUAUUAAUAAGCAAGAAAAGACAAUACGUGCCUAAAAAAAGAUAAAAAAUUAAACUUUUAUAAUAUUAAUUUUAAUUUGUCAGCUCAUAAUUUUUUAUAUCCUUGAAAUAA